AUGAACAGGAAACGGGCUUUGAUUUCUGACGCUUUUGUUUCAAGAAAGAGAAAAGAUGUCACUACGAGAUUCGGGCUCAGUGAUGUGGACGGACCCACUGACGUCAAAGCCAUGGUGGAGUAUCUCAUGACCCUAUUCCCCAGAAGACUUUUCAACGAUGCUCUACCUCAAAUUGUGCUAAAACAUCAACUGUACAGUUUGAUUAGUGAUAAGACUAUGGUCGACAAAGGAUUGAAUAAAUUGCGGGAACAAGGAGAUCUUCUGAUGUUUCAACUAGAUCUGAGCUUCAGCAAGGACAAGAUGCUGAAGGACUUUUUAUUUACAGAUGCUGAAAUCACGCAGCUAGUAAAGUCAGGGGUGCUGACUGUGAGGGACGCUGGCAGCUGGUGGCUGGCUAUUCCCAACUCCGGAAAAUUCACCAAGUACUUUUUACAAGGUCGUAAAGCAGUACUCAACAUGGUAAAGAAGUCAAAAUAUAAUGAAGUCUUAAAGGUUGAUCUAGAGGACCGGAAAACCCCUGCUCAAGUGAAAUUCCACAUUAAAUACCACAUUCAUGAUAUAGUUGGCGCUGAGCUUGUUGAAAGUAUACCGACAACUUCAGGAACAUUACUACGUUAUGUUGAUUGA